GUCUAUGAUGAUGCAUUUACUACAAGUUUCAUACCCAGGGCCCAAUUAAAGCCUGUCCUUUGGUAAUAUAAACUCGGCCCAACUACCAAACAGCAACUUGUUAAACAAUCUAUUUCCUCUCUCUAAACCAGCCCUCUUUAGACACACAUAGCUACUCCGGUAGUGAUUUUGGAUCUUAUCUGCAACAAAUUGAAUGUUAACAGCUCAAUUUUCGCCGGCAAACCAUUCAUCAUAAGUCAUAACCUCGAAAUCGAUUCGUCUGUCAACAAAGAACGAGCUGUUUUUUCGGAAUUUUCAUCCACCGGAGCUGGGAAGACUCGUUUGAAUCGAUUCCAUUGGCUCCGUACGGAUUGGCCAUGCGACGGUUGUCAUCGGCGACGAUCGGCCUCUCGAAAGAGGACUCCUCCACUACCACCGCCGACGCCGCCUGUCAAGGCGCUGAGAUUGUAUUCGCUGCUGCUGUUGUUUCGAAGCCAGCUGAAUUUUCAGAAGCCGAUUACUGUAGAUUGUGCGAUGGCCGGCGAUGCUCAUGGCCCUAGCCCCAGGGGAAUGCUAUGCAAUGCCGGCGCCGGUGCUGCGGCUGGAGUGAUUGCUGCUACUUUUGUCUGUCCUCUAGAUGUUAUUAAGACUAGGUUACAAGUCCACGGUCUGCCCCAGCUCUCUAAUGCUAAUAUGAAAGGUAGUGUUAUAGUAGGGAGCUUAGAGCAGAUAUUUCAGAAGGAGGGAUUACGGGGUAUGUACCGUGGGCUCGCCCCUACGGUGCUUGCGUUGUUGCCAAAUUGGGCAGUUUAUUUUACUAUUUAUGAUCAACUGAAGAGUUUUCUUGGUGCCGAUGAUGUAAAUCAUCAGCUCUCUAUUGGUUCAAAUAUGAUUGCUGCUGCUGGUGCUGGGGCUGCAACGACAAUUAUGACAAACCCUCUCUGGGUUGUCAAGACUAGGCUCCAAACACAAGGAAUGCGAAAAGGUGUGGUUCCUUAUAGGAGCACGCUGUCUGCUUUGAGAAGAAUUACACAUGAGGAGGGUAUUCGCGGUUUGUACAGCGGGCUUGUGCCAGCUUUAGCCGGUAUUAGUCAUGUAGCGAUUCAAUUUCCAACAUAUGAAAAGAUAAAAGGUUACCUGGCUGAUCGAGAUAACACCACAAUAGAUAAACUUAGUGCAAGUGAUGUUGCUGUGGCUUCAUCAGUUUCAAAAAUAUUCGCUUCUACAUUGACAUAUCCUCAUGAGGUUGUUCGUUCGAGGCUCCAAGAACAAGGGCACCACUCGGAAAAACGUUACUCUGGAGUCAUGGAUUGCAUCAAGAAAGUAUUUCAACAAGAAGGUGUCCCGGGUUUUUACCGAGGCUGUGCCACAAACCUGCUCAGGACAACCCCAGCUGCCGUAAUCACUUUCACGAGUUUUGAAAUGAUUCACCGCUUUCUUGUUACCCUAUUUCCGCCCGAUCCACACAUUGUGAGGACAAAGCCCUCAUGCAUUCAUCAUUAAUGAUGAUAAAUAUUAUUAUUUUUUUUUUCU